AAACAUGUCCAUUUAAAUAUUUUGUUUAUCAAUAUGAGAGAAAUUAUAAUGCUAAAGACCAGGAUCGGAAUUGCCAUAUUCAAGGAUUUUUUCAUUUAAAAAAUCAAAUGCGAAUUGGUAAUUAUAAGUUAGCUAAUGGUGAUCAAAAAGAAAAGAAAUCUGGAAUUAAAGAAAAGUUGCAGAUCGAUAAGAUUCAUUUUGAUUUAGUUGCUAGUGAUAAAGAUUCAAUUAUUUAUUGUAAGAAAAAACAUAAUAAAUGUUCUAUUCAUAAUCGUUUGAUAGUUAAAUAUGAAGAUUAUCCACAUCUUUCAAAAGAAGAAUUUAUGAAAAAUACAAUUACAAAUUUGAAAAAAAUCUUCA